GAGAUGCCUCCUUUUCAAUUCUCAAUUUGUUAGUUUUUUUCUUAAAUCAAAUCAUGGCGUCUUCUUCUGAUCCGGUCCUAAAACCAGAAAUCGGCGGCGGAGUAUGUGGUGGCGGAAGCGGAGGAUGCGGAGGUGGAGGUGCUGGAGGAGAGAGCUCAGAGGCGGCGGUGAUAGCAAACGAUCAGUUAUUACUGUACAGAGGACUUAAGAAGCCAAGGAAGGAGAGAGGAUGCACCGCUAAAGAACGUAUUAGCAAAAUGCCUCCUUGCACUGCUGGUAAACGUAGCUCCAUUUACCGUGGCGUCACCAGGCAUAGGUGGACUGGUCGAUAUGAAGCUCACCUUUGGGAUAAGAGUACCUGGAACCAGAAUCAGAAUAAGAAGGGAAAGCAAGUAUACUUGGGGGCAUAUGAUGACGAGGAAGCUGCUGCUAGGGCAUAUGAUCUAGCUGCUUUGAAAUAUUGGGGCCCUGGAACACUCAUUAAUUUUCCAGUUACUGAUUAUACGAGAGAUCUUGAAGAAAUGCAGAAUGUCUCAAGAGAAGAGUAUCUGGCAUCUCUUCGGAGAAAGAGUAGUGGUUUUUCAAGGGGAGUCUCAAAGUACCGUGCACUAUCUAGUCGAUGGGACUCAUCUUAUAGUCGUAUGCCUGGAUCUGAAUACUUCAGUAACGUAAACUAUGGUAAGAAUUCUGCAGUGUUAUGUUGCCUUGCAAAAUGGCCUUUUGACAAUAAAUUGGUGACUGAAGGCUCCUGUGAUGAUCAAGCAGCUGAGAGUGAAUACAGUUUUUGUAUUGAGAGAAAGAUAGAUCUGACAGGCUAUAUUAAAUGGUGGGGUUCCAAUAAAACUAGUCUGGCAGAGUCUAUGACAAAGUCAUCCGAGGAUACAAAACAUGGCUGCGCUGACGACAUUGGCAGUGAACUUAAAACAACAGAACGGGAAGUGCAAUGUACUGAGCCAUACCAAAUGCCCCGUUUAGGCUUAUCUGUUGAAGGAAAAAGGCAUAAAGGUUCUAAGAUAUCUGCUUUGAGCAUUUUGUCACAGUCAGCUGCAUACAAGAACUUGCAAGAGAAGGCAUCAAAAAAGCAAGAAACUGUCACUGAAAAUGAUGAGAAUGAAAACAGAAAUAAUAUCAACAAGAUGGACCAUGGCAAAGCAGUUGAGAAGUCCACAAGUCACGAUAGCAACAGUGAGAGGCUUGCAGCUGCAUUAGGAAUGACUGGGGGGUUGUCUCUUCAAAGAAAUGUUCCAUUGACUCCCUUCUUGUCUGCUCCUCUUCUGACCAACUACAACACAAUCGAUCCCUUAGUAGACCCCAUCCUUUGGACAUCUCUUGUUCCUGCUCUUCCUACUGGACUUUCUCGAAAUCCUGAGGUUACAAAGACUGAGACGAGUUCGACUUAUAGUUUCUUUCGGCCAGAGGAGUGAUGUUGUCUCAACUCUUACUCCGCCCUUUACAGGAAAGCAGAUAUUCCUUCUAUUUGGGAAAAGAAGAGCAGGAAUUUGGGAGAUUUUAGCAUCAGAUCCCUCAGAAAGCCAGAUGCAGAUAUUUGGAAGGUUUCAGUGUGACAAAUCCAAGGAAAAGUGUCCUAUUUGCAAUUUUUUCUUCCGAGAUAAGGCUUUUACUUCUUUUUACAGGUUUGCUUACGUUUGUUUCAGAGAAUAUACAAAGACAUCGUAAUGUAUAUGGACAUUAAUCACAUGUAGAGUUUCUAUACUCGCAGCUGAUGUACACGAAGUUUCAGAAUUCAGUCCCCCCAAGAAAUAUUUA